AAGAAAAUUCACCUUUCAGUCUGAAUUGAGUGCUUGAAGCUCACGCAUAGUCUUGUAAUAAUAGUACUGAGGCCCCGGUCGGAAUCUGUAGUCCUCAAAUUAUUAAAAUAUAGUAUUUUGCGUUGAAUCUUAAGAAAUAUUGGAUUAUUUUUCCCCUGAAAGUUGUAUCGUGUUUAGUGUGAAAAUUCGUUUAAGCAGCGAUUUAUAAGAGAAAUUCAAUAUCCCCAAGUACGUAUUUUACUUCUGAUGAGUAAUCCUUUGUGCAAUUUUGAAAUGUGAAAGAGCGUUUUAUUGAGGAAAUAAUAAGCCUAUUGGAAAGUGAUAUUAGAUAUAAAAGUCCACUAGGUGGAGACGGUGACGUACGCGUACUAUUUUUUUGGCAUUAUACAACAACGACGUCUGUUUUGAAGUUUCUGUGAUCUGAAUUUCACGAAUUCGUGGAAAUCUUGCGUUUGGACUUUGGUUCAUGUGAUAAAAUUCGUUAAAAUUGUGAAUAUUGCAUCAAAAUAAAGUGCUGUUUGUUGAAAAAGUCUCUUACACAUCUACGUAUUUCCGAAUGCGACGUGGAUGAAGCAAAUGGGUGUCUGAUGUUUUUGCAGUGUAUUGUGUGUGGUAUAUCGAAGAAUAGAAAAAAGCGAGAAAGCGAAUGGUAGAGCCACAUUUUGAAAAGGCGUAAUAAAAUCGUCGAAGAAAAACGUAAAAUCAAAUUAAGUGGGAAUAAAGAUUUUUGAAAAAUCUCGAUAAACUCUCCAUUGUCAGGAAACGAGCACAAGGCGUGGGUGUUUUAUACCGCUAUCAAUUGGUUGCAGUUGAAAUAACAAAAGUGACCCAAAAACGGAUAUAUUCCAAAAAUAGUCAGUUCUUUGGAUUAUAGUAUACAAAGGGGUAUUGCUUGCAGUUUGAAGUACAAAGCGAUAGCUAUUGCAGUGGAAUUUUACCAUUGGUCCGAAGCAAAUCAUUGACACAGCUUGUCUACAGUACACCUUUUACGGAGCUUCAAGCAGCUAAUUUUUGACUUAACCACGAUUUAUAACUGGACAAGUUUGUACAAGGAUUUACUUUUCCUUUAAUCGCUAUAUUAGGCGAGCAAAGCGGCGAUUUCGUUGCAACCUCGAUUGAAACGUCCACAUUAAGGAUUCUGUGCAUAACAUUGAAAGGGAACAUUUCAAGUGCGCAUAGCAAAAAGAAAAAGUUUCUAUAAAAAAUUGGUGUAAAAACGUCAAAAUUUUCCGAGUAGGUGCUGUGGACAAUUUUUUUCUCACCCUCUACGUUAAAAUUCAACAGUCGCGUCGCGUGUAAUACAAACAAAAUCAACAAUCAGUUUAAAUGAAUUCGCCGCGAAUGAAAAAAUACAUUUUGACAAGCUAACGGAUAUAAUAAUUGUGUGUUGGUCCACGUAUGAAAAGCGAAAAAUUCUGAAAGCUGAAAAGGGGAAGAGUUAGGUACGACUUUUUGUUUUUGUUUUUUCCUUUGUACGUUGAACGGUCGUGAACUCCCGUGCAAGUGAUUUAGAGAAUUUUUCGAGGUGUUUUCUCAUUCGUUUUGUCGAAAAUGUUAUAACACUACAUACUGCCGGAAACGAGAAGAAGCCGUUGAAAAUCAGCAUCACACCACGAUUUAUCUGGGAAGUGGAGUUUAACAGAAAUUCGGAUAUAUAUUUUUUUUAUUUCGGACAUAAACAGAUAACCGUCUAGUGAAACUAAAUUUCAACAUUUAUAUAUUUUUGGUGGACACUGAAGUUGUAAUUUGGUGGUACGUGAAGUUGGAAUACAGGAGGUUUCGAAUUUGCCAUUGCGGAUUUAUUCACAGUUGAAACGAUAUUCUGAGUGUCUCACUUCAUAUUUUGAGACGUAAAAAGCACGGGAAGACGAAAUAAUUUUCUCUUCCGGUUCAAACAGUCGUUUUGUGUGGAGCAUAUACGCGAUUAGGAAAAUUAUUUUUAAUUAGAUUUCAACAAAAAUGGAACGAGAAUCGAAUCCAAUGCAACCGAUGUGCCGCUCAGGAUGUGGAUUCUACGGAAAUCCAGCAACAGAUGGGCUAUGCUCAGUCUGCUAUAAAGAUUCCCUACGAAAGAAACAACAACCUCCCGUCAGUAGCACACCCGUAUCUGUAUCGAGUUCACAAACAAGCCCAACAUCCUUUAAUCCAGCCAUUUCAGUUACCAGCACAGCACAACCAACAGUACAGAGUUUACAACAGCAUACCGAAAUUAAAGAGAAAAUAAAUGAAGAAAGUACAGCAAGUGAAAACGUAGCCGCAACUGCUGGACCCUCGACUUCCACAAAUGAUCAAGAUGACAAAGAGGGCGACAAAGAUGCGAAAAAGAAAAAGAAUCGAUGUGCUGUUUGUCGCAAGAAGGUUGGCUUGACAGAUUUUACAGGUUUCGAAUGCCGAUGUGGCGGACUAUAUUGUGCUGUGCACCGAUACAGUGAUAAACAUGACUGCACAUUUGACUAUAGGGAACACGGGGCCCAAGAAAUUAGACGCAAUAAUCCUGUAGUGGUUGGCGAAAAAAUUCAGAAAAUUUGAACUUAAUUGUGCCAUCAUUUUAUAUAAAUAUAAAUAUUAAUUAUAAUAAUGAUAAUAUUAAAAAUAUAUAAAUAUAUACAAAUACGACAAAAACAAGGAAAAAAUAUGGAAGAGAGAUGAUUACAUUUAAACACAAAAGAAAAAGGAAAUUAAAAUUAGAGUACUACUAAAUGAAAGAAGAUUAUAAGGAUAAAACAGAACAAGUAAACACACAACAAAAAGUCUUACAUGAGAGUGAAAAUGAAAAUUUGCAAAAAAACUGAAAAUAUAUGAAAAAAUUCAAAAAAUUACUAGGUAUAUAUACAUAAUAAUGCAAACACAGAAACAAAAAUUAAUAUAAAUAUUUUUAAAUAAAUGCAUACAAAAAUGAAGAAAAAAAUUAUAAUUUUUAAUUCACUCAUUCGUAUAUAGAGAAACAAAAAAAAACUCUUAAAGAAAAUCUAAUAUUCACGAACUUGUAAUUCUUCAUCGUCCACCUUAGUGAUUCGUUUAAAAAGGUUUUGUUUUGUUUUAAAGUUUUAUUUCAAAAGCAAAUCUAAACUCUUUGCUAUUCCGACAUCUUUGAAAAUGCUAAAUUCAUCUCCGCGAAUUGUUACUUGUGCAAAUAUACCGAUUAGGAGAAAAACGCAAAAAGAGCAAAGAAAAAUAGUUUUUAUAAUUUCUUUCGUUAAGUAUUACAUUGUUUACACAGAUCUAGCCUCACAAUCCAAAAAUAUUUCACAGAAGGUACAUGUACAUAAAAUUGUUCGACUUUUGAAUUCCUCCGAUUGAGAAACGUUUUGGGUCGUACAGAGGUGAUUGUGGCACUUGCUUUUGUCCUUGGCCACACGUACGCUCAUGUGUGGUUGACAAAAGACUGUAUCAUGCUUACUACAUGUGGUGAAAAGUUCUCGGACUGACAAUUCGGAAACGCGGUUUUUGUCAAAAAUGCACUUUACUCUUCCACAUAGUUUCCUUCAAGAUAAUACAUUUAUUCCAUCUGCCCUUUAACGUAUUCAAAUCUAUUGUAUAAUCCGAUUUGUCAAUUUCAUUAAAAUAAGUCAUAGUUUCUCGUUUUGCUUCUAGAUUUGAGAAAGAUGCCUUCUUAGAAACAAUUUUUUUCAAUAAAUAGUAAUCGAUGAGUACUUUUCUGGAUGAGUGAGCUGGUGCGAUGCCAUGAUGGAAAAUUCCUUUUUCUACAUGAAAUGCAGGCUAUUUCUUAUUUCUACACUCAAGCGGUGUGGUGAUCUUGCGGCAUAAUAUCCUGAAAUUAUUCUUCGAAAUAAUUGAAGAGUACCUAUGCCCACCCAAACAAAUGCUGGUCAGGACUUUCCCAUCCGAUUGUUGAGUUUUCCCCCGAUCGUAGACUGUACUGGCGGCUUAGUUGACUCAGGUAUGUAGGUAGUGUAUUCAUGGCUUACUGGCGUAGUAGAUUUACGAAAAAUCGUGGUUUACGCCUAAACGACUUCAACUGCUCGAAAUCAGUCCCGCGCCAUCGGCAGUGAACACUGUACCCGUCUCGCACAAAGUGUUCCUUACGCAAAUGUUAUGUGAAAUACACAUCACAUAUUCUGAUAAAAUCGUACGAUAUUUGCUACCUCAUUUCACGGUCAUUCAAAAUGAUUAAGAGAAUAUUAUUUUUUGAUUUUGCUCAGUAUCGUCGGUUCUCAUAUCACCACUCACAUAUUGUUUGUUCCGGUGAAGAUGUGGAAUAACAUUUUUUUCAAGUUCCUUCGAACUGCGUUUUGCCCCAUCAGAUAGCGAUGCUUGAUCGAAACAGGGAAUUUUCUUAUAUCAUCCAUUUAUUACUAUGCAGUCGACAAGUUGUCAUUAAAUUUUAACAGUAUUCAGUGAUUGAUUGGUACUAACGAAAAAUGGCGGUGGCUCUACUUUAGUGCUAUCAUUUACGUGUCAGUCUGGGAACUCUUCUCCUCAUGUAGUAAGUAGCGGGUUCGGGUACCGUUUACAGGCUCAGACGUUUGUUAUUCUGAAUGCAGUAACAAACACGAGUUAAUGCAAGAAAUCGAUUCGAAUUGAACAAUAGACACGUAGUAGCCGCGCACCUUUAACACGAAACGACCCUACAGUACUACACACAUAUGGAGUAACCACUUUCAAUUAUAUUACUUUUGUUAGUUUGUAUUGGAAUAUAUCUAUUUACUAUAUACAUAAUUAUGAAGGCAUAUAUCUAAAAUUCAAUGCAACAUUGAUUGAUUGAAAUGCAAAUAUAAUUGUAUUGAGCAAAUGGAAAACAGCGAAAAAUCGAUAAGUGGUAUAUUAGAGAAAUUGUGGUGAAUUUUCGAAGAAAAGUGAAACAGAGCAAAAUGAAAGCAACGCAUACAACACAUACACGUACACUCGUAUAUAAAUGAAAAUAUGGAAUUUGUCAAAGCGUCUUCGGGCCAUCGUGUCCCGAAUAUUAUAUUUCUAAUGUAUUUUAUUCAAUGGUUUUUGUUCUUUUUAGUAAUUUUCUUCGAAACUCUUAGACUAAUAUUAUUAAAGAAUAUGUAAGAAAGGAGGAACGUCGUUCUAUAAUAAAGAAACUAUAUAUAUAUAAAUAAUUGAAUAAUAUUACUGAUUUGAAUAGGAGGAAUAUAAGUAGAGAAAGGAAGAAAAUUAAAGAUUUAAACAUAUUUUAACGAAACACCUAAACACUUUUAGUUGAAGAAAGUUUCUUUUUUUAGUUUGUAGGAAUUUGAAAGCUUUUUUUUCAUUUAUUGUUUUAUUUUUAGAGAAGAAAAAAA